AGUUCAAAAACUAUUGUGAUUCGGUGAUCUAUCCCCCAUUUCCUCCACCAUCCAAUCCCCACAAACCAACAAAUCUUAUCUCUUCACUCAAUAUCUCCCACCUUUUUCCUCUCUCAACCUCUACCCAUGGCAAUGGACCUCUUUUUCUCAGUACAAUCUUUACUACUCCUUUCUCUUAUCUUUCUUUAUUCUUACUACUGUUUACACCAUAAGAAGAAGGGUAAUGAUCAAGGGUUCAAAACCUACCCCAUACUCGGUGCCUUGCCUGAGUUUUUGAGGAACCGACAUCGGUUCCUUGAUUGGACGACCGAGAUUUUAAUCCGGUGUCCGACCAACACUGCUGUUUUUCGUCGUCCUGGUAAGAUCCAUGGGAUCAUUACUGCCAACCCUUUGAAUGUCGAGCAUGUUCUCAAGACCAACUUCGAGAACUAUCCCAAAGGGGAACGGUUCAUUUGGCUUCUCAAGGACUUCCUUGGGCAAGGUAUCUUCAACUCCGAUGGUGAUUUAUGGAAGAUUCAAAGGAAGACAGCUAGCUACGAAUUCAACACCAAAUCGUUACGUAAUUUCAUCAUGGACAACGUCAGGCUCGAGAUUUCAACGAGGUUGAUUCCGGUCUUGAACAAGGCUUUGGAAACGAAUCAGGUACUUGAUUUACAAGAGGUUUUGGAGCAAUUCGCGUUUGAUAAUAUAUGUAAAUUGGCUUUCAAUGUGGACCCUGGUUGUCUCGGCGGCGAUGGAACAUCUGGUUCCGGUUUCAUGCGUGCCUUUGAGGAGGCUGCCACGCUUAGUUCCGGUAGGUUCAUGUAUGCUUUUCCGUUUUUAUGGAAGAUAAGGAAGAUUUUCAACAUGGGAUCGGAGAAAAACUUGAAGAAAUCAAUCGAAAUCGUUCACGAAUUCGCAGAUAACAUCAUAAAAACACGAUUAGAAUCCAAAGACCAAAGCAAAGACGAAGAUUUACUAUCCAGGUUCAUUACAAGCUACGACAAUUCACCUCAGUUUCUCCGAGAUAUAAUCAUAAGCUUCAUAUUAGCGGGCCGAGACACCACAUCAUCAGCUUUGACUUGGUUCUUUUGGCUUCUAUCACUAAACCCAAACGUUGAAAAAAACAUAAUAACCGAACUCGAAACGAUUCGAACCCGAAACAGGAAAAACAUCGGAGACGGAUACACAUUCGAUGAACUACGAGACAUGCACUAUCUACACGCAGCGCUUUCAGAGAGUUUAAGAUUAUACCCACCAGUUCCUGUCGACACAAAAGCUUGUCUAAACAACGACAUACUAUCAGACGGGACAUUUAUAGGGACUGGUUGGUUUUUCACUUACCAUGCGUAUGCAAUGGGGCGAAUGGAAGCUAUAUGGGGCAAAGAUUGCAAUGAAUACUUGCCUGAAAGAUGGCUUGAUGAAACUGGGAACUGCAAACAAGAGAGUCCAUUUCGAUUUCCCAUAUUCCAUGGUGGACCAAGGAUGUGUUUAGGGAAAGACAUGGCGUAUAUUCAGAUGAAAUCGAUUGUAGCAGCAAUGUUGGAAAGGUUUGUGGUAGAGGUACAGGGGAGUGACAAGUGUCCUCAACACUUGUUGUCUUUAACUCUUAGAAUGAAAGGUGGGUUACCAAUUAGGGUCAGGGUAAGAUGAGUGGACUGUUUCUUUUUUUGCCUUUUUUUUAUAUGUUCUUUAGCUUAUUUUUCGUUUUUCCCUCUUAUAAUACUAUUCUGAUAGAAUGAGUAUGAUGAAAAAUAAAAAAUGAAAAAUAUUGAUA